CCCAUCCUCUCGUAACCUCGUUUCGUUCUCUCUAAACAAUCAGCUUUACCUACGUGUUCUCAUAUGAACUCCAUUUCAUAAAAAACCAUGAUACAACAAAGCACGUUAUCAUUACCUAAGCAGCUUCAUUGACUCUCUCUCUCUCUCUCUCUCUCUGUAACUCCUAGGCCUUGGGUAUAGUGGCGUGGAGCCCAUAGCUGGACCUCUGCUUUGCUGGCUUCAAGCUCUUCAUUGUUCGUUUUUUAUGGGGCUUGUCUGCUGAGAAAGAGAGAGGGUUCUUAGUUUGGCCAAUCCUCUAUCUAUAGACUCUGGUUUUACACAAAGUCCCACCUUUCACCUUUGUUCUUCCCUUCAACUCUGUCGUCAUCCUCACACCACUACAAAGCCGAAGAAAAAGAAAAAGCAAACACAACGAAGACCCUUUUUUGCUCUUCUUUGAUUCAAUGGAUCCACAGAUCUAAUGCUUUGUCUCACGCACAUCACAUGAGCUUCUUCUUGCUCUUUCCAGAUCCUCCUCUUCUUGAAUUGUAGCCCGCAAAUAACUUUCACGAACCGGCCAACUUACUGAUUGUACGACCUAAAUGCUUCUGUUUUUGGUGCAAUCCUCCAACUGAAUUUAACUGCAAAGUGUGUAAUUAUUGUGCUGUGAAGUCAAGGAGAACAGCAGUCAAGGAGAACAGCAGUCAGAUUUUGGAUUUUUGUAGUUAGAGUUGUUUUUUAUGUGGAUGAGAAUUCUGAGGGUUGUUUGGAUGAGAUGAGGGAUGUUAUCGGAGUUGAUGAACUUUUUGAGGGCCUGUUUUCGGCCAAGGUCUGAUCCAUAUGUUCACAAGGGUUCAGAUUCAGGUGGGCGCCAAGAUGGGCUGUUGUGGUACAAAGACUGUGGACAGCACUUGAAUGGUGAAUUCUCUAUGACUGUAGUCCAGGCCAACAAUCUGCUUGAGGACCAGAGCCAGAUUGAGUCCGGCAGUUUGAGCUUGCACGAGACUGGCCCCUAUGGUACCUUUGUUGGUAUCUAUGAUGGGCACGGCGGCCCUGAGACAUCUCGCUUUAUCAACGAUCAUCUAUUUCAGCACCUGAAGAGGUUCACUGCAGAGCAACAAUCGAUGUCUGUGGAUGUGAUACGGAAAGCAUUUCAAGCAACAGAAGAUGGUUUUAUGUCUCUUGUUACAAAACAAUGGCCAUUGAAGCCACAAAUUGCGGCCGUUGGGUCAUGUGCUCUAGUUGGUGUUAUUUGUAGUGGAACCCUUUACAUUGCCAACCUUGGUGAUUCCCGUGCUGUCCUGGGAAGAGUGGUGAAGGCAACAGGGGAGGUUUUAGCCAUCCAAUUGUCAGUGGAGCAUAACGCGUGUAUAGAGUCUGUGAGACAGGAGCUUCAUUCUUUGCAUCCAGAUGACUCACAGAUUGUAGUGUUGAAGCAUAAUGUAUGGCGUGUAAAGGGUAUUAUACAGGUUUCUAGGUCUAUUGGUGAUGUGUAUUUGAAAAAGGCUGAGUUCAACAGGGAGCCUUUAUAUUCCAAGUUUCGGCUUCGUGAACCUUUCAAAAGGCCAAUACUGAAUUCUGAACCUACAAUUUCGGUGCACCAGUUGCAACCACAUGAUCAAUUUAUUAUAUUUGCGUCUGAUGGGCUUUGGGAACAUCUUAGCAAUCAAGAAGCAGUUGAUAUAGUUCAAAAUCAUCCACACAACGGAAGUGCAAGAAGACUGGUAAAAGCUGCUUUGCAAGAAGCUGCAAAGAAGAGAGAAAUGAGGUAUUCAGACUUGAAGAAGAUUGACCGUGGUGUUCGCCGGCAUUUCCACGAUGACAUCACAGUGAUUGUUGUCUUUCUUGACUCAAAUCUCGUGAGCAGGGCUAGCCAAAUCAAGUGUCCAAAUAUAUCUGUGAGAGGGGGUGGCAUAAACCUUCCCCCUAAGACACUGGCUCCUUGUACCAUGCCAACUGAAGCUGGCAAUACCUAGUUAAGCUGUAUCUCCUGUUUGUCUGUUGUAUCAUUCUCUUUGUGAAUACCAGGUAGCUUCCAGAAGAGAUCACAUGAGCAGGCCUUUAAUUCUUUAGUGUACACUGUCAACUUUAACUGGAAACCGAUACUUGCAUUUAGCUUCUGCGCCAAAAACGAAAAUACUGGAGAAAAAGUACUUUUCUAGAUGAUACUUCUUAUUUCCUCGGCACUGUUUAUACCAUCUAUUAUUUAUGAUUUUUUUAACUCUCCCUUCA